AAUAAAUAAGGACGCCACUGGGCACCAGUACCAACACAAAGCCUGGGCUUAUAUUUGGUGAGGAGAAUAUGAAAAAGAGUUCUAUUAGACGGGUAUGAUGGCACACACCUUUAAUCCAAGCCUUUGGAAGACAGAAGCAGGAGGCUCACAUCAACUCUAUGAAGUUUGAGGCUACCAGGGCUAUGCAGACAAACCUUGUCUCUGAAAAACAAAACAGGCAAAAAGUCUACUAAGUGGGAUCUGAGGUGAAGGAGGAAACGGAUGGACCUGGGGUUAGGAAUGCUUCCAUUGGGUCGAGUUAUGUUCAGGGCACAAAGUUUAUCAUUAGAGAGUAGGAUUCUGGACUGUCGAACUUGUCAAAUUAAAAGAUACUAAUUUCAACAGGUUCUGGUCAAGAUCCAUACCCAAACAGUGGCAAUAAAAACAGCAUUACAGUAUUACAGUGCUUGGUUGCCCAAACCUUUAAUCUCACCACCGUGACCCCAGAGGCAGGCUGGUCUGUUUGAGUUUAAGGAUAGCCAUGCAUGCAUAAUGAGACUCUCUUGAUGGAUUAUAUCUAAAGAUUCACACACUUUAUAUUUUGUGUGUGUGUGUGUGUGUGUGUUAUUGCGGACAUAACAUUAUUUGAAAAGCACCUAACAAUUGCUUAAAGCCAUAUUCAGUGUUUGAUUAAAGUCUAAUAUGUCGGUUACCACACUUGUUUUUGACCCCAAACCCUGAGACAAGAUCACUCUGCACAGCCCUGGCUGAUCCAGGGCUCCCUAUGUGGACCAGGCUGGCCUCUUAAUUUUAUAGAAUCCCACCUGUCUCAGCUUCUGGAGUGCUGGAAUUAAAGGCUGUGCCACUAUGCCUGGUGUAAGUCUUCAUUAAAUGUAGUAAAUAAAUAUAUGUAAAUAGGGGGUUGGGGAUUUAGCUCGGUGGUAGAGCGCUUGCCUAGCAAGCGCAAGGCCCUGGGUUCAGUCCCCAGCUCCGAAAAAAAGAAAAGGGAAAAGAAAUAUGUAAAUAAGUGAUGUAUUUUGAGGGCAUAUGCAAGUGUUUAUACUAACAACUGUUUGUUUUGAGACAGACUCACACUAAAGGAACCCUGGCUGGCCUGGAACUCACUAUGUAUACAAGACUGACCUCAAACUCAUGCAAAUUCACCUCACAUUAUGCUAAAAACACUUUAAAAAUGAAUUAUGUGUGUAGGAAGCACCUUUCUUUAGUACUUAAUACAUUGAACUGAGAGUAACAUAAUAUUCAUACAUUCAUGGGUAUCUUUUGUGAGACUUGAUUUUUUUUUCAUUUUUUAAAAAAAAUUUUUAUUAGCUAUAUUUCUUUACAUACAAUUCAAAUGUUAUUCCCCUUCCCGGUUUCCUGUCCAUAAGCACCCAUUCCAUCCCCUCCCCCUCCCCCUCCCCCAUACGGGUAUUCCCCCUAUAUAUCCCCCUUAUUGCCCCCCCUCUAUUCCCCUGCACUGGGGUCCAACCUUGGCAGGACCAAGGGCUUCCCCUUCCACUACUGCCCCAACAAGGCUAUUCUCUCCUACAUAUGCAGUUGGAGCCCUGGGUCAGUCCAUGUAUAGGCUUUCAGUAGUGGUUUAGUCCCUGGAAGCUCUGGUUGGUUGGCAUUGUUGUUUUUAUGGGGUAGCAAGCUCCUUCAACUCUUUCAAUACUACUUCUAGUUCCCCCCAACGGGAUCCUCUUCUCAGUUCAGUGGUUUGCUGCUAGCAUUAACCUCUGUAUUGGACAUGCUCUGGAUGUGUCUCUCAGGAGAGAUCUAUAUCUGGUCCCUUUCAGCAUGCAUUUUUUAGCUACAUCAAUCUUAUCAAGUUUUGGUGGCUAUAUAUAUAUGGGCCACAUGUGGGGCAGGCUCUGAAUGGCCAAUCCUUGAGUCACUGCUCUAAACGUUGCUUCCAUAUUCCCUACUAUGGAUAUUUUUUCCCCUUUUAAGAAGGAGUGGGAGCAUCCAAAUUUUGGUCAUCCUUCUUCUUGAGCUUCUUCUGGUCUGUGAAUUGCAUCUUGGGUAAUUCGAGCUUUUCAGCUAAUAUACACUUAUCAGUCAGUAAAUACCAAGUGUGUUUUUCUAUAAUUGAGUUACCUCACUCAGGAUGGUAUUUUCUAGUUCAUUCCAUUUGCCUAUGAAUUUCAUAAAGUCAUUGUUUUUGAUAGCUGAGUACUACUCCGUUGUGUAGAUGGUACCACAUUUUUUUUAAUCCAUUCCUCUGUUGAAGGGCCUCUGGGUUCUUUCCAGCUUCUGGCUAUUAUAAGGCUGCUAUGAACAUAGUGGAGCACGUGUCUUAGUUGUAUGUUGGAGCAUCUUUUGGGUAUAUGCCCAAGAGAGGUAUAGCUGGGUCCUCAGGUAGUGGAAUGUCCAAUUUUCUGAGGACCCUCCAGACUGAUUUCCAGAAUGGUUGUACCAGUUUGCAAUCCCACCAACAUUGGAGGAGUGAUCCUCUUUCUCCACAUCCUUGCCAGCAUCUGCUGUCACCUGAGUUUUUGAUCUUAGCCAUCCUGACUGGUGAGAGGUGGAAUCUCAGGGUCGUUAUGAUUUGCGUUUCCCUGAUGACUAAUGAUGUUGAACGUUUCUUUGGGUGCUUUUUGGCCAUUCAAUAAUCCUCAGCUGAGAAUGUUUUGUUUAGCACUGUACCCCAUUUUUAAUAGGGUUAUUUGGCUCUCUAGAGUCUAACUUCUUGAGUUCUUUGUAUGUUUGGAAUAUUAGCCCUCUAUCAGAUAUAAGAUUGAUGAAGAUCUUUUCCCAAUCUGUUGGUUGCUGUUUUGUCCUAAUGACAGUGUCUUUUGCCUUACAGAAGCUUUGCAGUUUUAUGAGGUCCCAUUUAUCAAUUCUUGAUCUUAGAGCAUGAGCCAUUGGUGUUUUGUUCAGGAAAUUUUCACCAGUGCUCAUGUGUUCGAGACUCCUCCCCACAUUUUCUUCUAUUAGUUUGAGUGUAUCUGGUUUGAUGUGGAGGUCCUUAAUCCACGUGGACUUAAGCUUUGUACAUGGUGAUAAGAAUGGAUCGGUUUGCAUUCUUCUACAUGCUGACCUCCAGUUGAACCAGCACCAUUUGUUGAAAAUGCUAUCUUUCCUCCAUUGGAUGGUCUUACCUCCUUUGUCAAAGAUCAAGUGAUAGGUGUGUGGGUCCAUUUCUGGGUCUUCAAUUCUGUUCCACUGAUCUACCUGCCUAUCUCUGUACCAAUACUAUACAGUUUUUAUCACUAUUAUUCUGUAAUACUGGUUGAAGUCAGGGAUGGUGAUUCCCCCAGAAGUUCUUUUAUUAUUGAGUAUCGUUUUCACUAUCCUGGGUUUUUUGUUAUUCCAAAUGAAUUUGCAAAUUGCUCUUUCUAUCUUUAUAAAGAAUUGAGUAGGAAUGUUGAUGGGAAUUGCAUUGAAACUGUAGAUUGCUUUUGGCAAAAUGGCCAUCUUUACUAUAUUAAUACUGCCAAUCCAUGAGCAUGGAAGAUCUUUCCAUCUUCUGAGAUCUUCCUCAAAUUCUGUCUUCAGAGACUUGACAUUCUUAUACAGAUCUUUCACUUGCUUGGUUAAAGUCACACCAAGAUAUUUUAUAUUAUUUGGAACUAUUGUGAAGGGUGUCAUUUCCUUAAUUUCUUUCUCAGCCUGAUUAUCCUUUGAGUAGAUGAAGGCUACUGAUUUGUUUGAGUUAAUUUUAUACCCAGCAACUUUGCUGAAAUUAUUUAUCAGGUUAGGUAGUUCUCUGGUGGAACUUUUGGGGUCACCUAAGUACACUAUCAUAUCAUCUGCAAAUAGUGAUAUUUUGAUUUCUUCCCUUCCAUUUUGUAUCCCUUUGACCUCCUUUCCCUGUCUGAUUGCUCUGGCUAGGACUUCCAGUACUAUAUCGAAUAAGUAGGGAGAGAGUGGGCAGCCUUGUCUAGUCCUUGAUUUUAGUGGGAUUGCUUCAAGUUUCUCUCCAUUUAGUUUGAUGUUAGCUACUGGUUUACUGUAUAUUGCUUUUACUAUGAUUAAAUAUGGACCUUGAAUUCCUGUUCUUUCUAGGACUUUUAUCAUGAAGGGGUGUUGAUUUUUGUCAGAUGCUUUCUCAGCAUCUAAUGAAAUGAUCAUGUGGUUCUUAUCGUUGAGUUUGUUUAUAUAGUGGGCUACAUUGAUGGAUUUUUCAUAUAUUAAACCAUCCCUGCAUCCCUGGGGUGAAGCCUACUUGAUCAUGAUGGAUGAUCGUUUUGAUGUGCUCUUGGAUUCGGUCCGCAAGAAUUUUAUUGAGUAUUUUUGCAUCAAUAUUCAAAAGGAAAUUGGUCUGAAGUUCUCUUUCUUUGUUGGGUCUUCGUGUCGUUUUGGUAUAAGAGUAAUUGUGGCUUCAUAGGAGGAAUUUGGUAGUGCUUCAUCUGUUUCAAUUUUGUGGAAGAGUUUGGACAGUAUUGGGAUGAGGUCUUCUAUGUAGGUCUGAUAGAAUUCUACACUGAACCCAUCUGGCCCUGGGCUCUUUUUGUUGGGAGACCUUUAAUGACUGCUUCUAUUUCUACAGGAGUUAUGGGGUUGUUUAGAUGGUUUAUUUGUUCCUGAUUUAACUUUGGUACCUGGUAUCUGUCUAGAAAAUUGUCUAUUUCUCCAGAUUUUCCAGUUUUGUUGAAUAUAGGCUUUUGUAGUAGGAUCUGAUAAUAUUUUUAAAUGUCUUUAGAUUCCAUUGUUAUGUCUCCCUUUUCAUUUCUGAUUUUGUUAAUUUGGACACACUCUCUGUGACCUCUGGUUAGUCUGGUUAAGGGUUUAUCUAUCUUGUUGAUUUUCUCAAAGAACCAGCUCCUGGUUUUGUUGAUUCUUUGUAUAGUUCUUUUCAUUUCUACUUGGUUGAUUUCAGCCCUCAGUUUGAAUAUUUCCUGCCCUCUACUCCUCUUGGGUUUCUUUCUUUCUUUUUGUUCUAGAGCUUUUACGUGUGCUGUCAAGCUGCUGACAUGUGCUCUCUCCUGUUUCUUUUGCAGGCACUCAGAGUUAUGAGUUUUCCUCUUAGUACCGCUUUCAUUGUGUCCCAUAAGUUUGAAAAUGUUGUAUCUUCAUUUUCAUUAAAUUCUAAGAAGUCUUUAAUUUCUUUCUUUAUUUCUUUCUUGACCAAGUUGUCAUUGAGUAGAGCAUUAUUCAACUUCCAUGUAUAUGUGGGCUUUCUGUCAUUAUUGUUGUUAUUGAAGACCAGACUUACUACGUGGUGGUCUGAUAGGACGCAUGGGAUUAUUUCUAUCUUUCUAUAUUUGUUGAGGCCUGUUUUGUGACUGAUUAUAUGGUUGAUUUUGGAGAAGGUUCCAUGAGAUGCUGAGAAGAAGGUAUAUCCUUUUGUUUUAGGAUAGAAUGUUCUAUAAAUAUCUGUUAAAUCCAUUUGGUUCGUAACUUCCGUUAGUUUCUCUACAUCUCUGUUUAAUUUCUGUUUCCAUGAUCCAUCCUUUGAUGAGAGUGAGGUGUUGAAAUCUCGUACUAUUAUAAUGUGAGGUGCAAUGUGUGCUUUGAGCUUUAGUAAGGUUUCUUUUAUAAAUGUAGGUGCCCUUGCAUUUGGAGCAUAGAUAUUUAGGAUUGAGAGUUCAUCUUGGUGGAUUUUUCCUUUGAUGACUAUGAAGUGUCCUUCCUUACCUUUUUAAUGACUUUGGAUGAAAGUCAAUUUUAUUUGCUAUCAGAAUGGCAACUCCAGCUUUUUUCUUCGGGCCAUUUGCUUGGAAAGUUGUUUUCCGGCCAUUUAUUCUGAAGUAAUGUUUGUCUUUGUCUCUGAGGUGUGUUUCCUGCAUGCAGCAAAAUGCUGGGUCCUCUUUAAGUAUCCAGUCUGUUGGUCUAUGUCUUUUUAUUGGGGAAUGAGUCCGUUGAUAUUGAGAGAUAUUAAGGAAUAGUGAUUGUCGCUUCCUAUUAUUUUUGUUGUUAGAGGUGGAAUUAUGUUUGUCUCUUGGUUUCAUUGCAAGGAAAUUAUAUUCUUGCUUUCUGUAAGGUGUAGUUUCUCCCUUGUGUUGGAGUUUUCCAUCUAUUAUCCUUUGUAGGGGGUGGAUUUGUAGAAAGAUAGUGUGUAAAUUUACUUUUAUCAUGGAAUAUCUUGGUUUCUCCAUCUAUGUUAAUUAAAAAUUUUGCUGUAUACAGUAACUUGGGCUGGCAUUUGUGUUCUCUUAGGGUCUGUAUGACAUCUGUCCAGGAUCUUCUGGCUUUCAUAAUCUCUGGUGAGAAGUCUGGUGUAAUUCUUAUAGGUCUGCCUUUAUAUGUCACUUGACCUUUUUCCCUUAGUGCUUUUAAUAGUCUUUCUUUGUUUUGUGCGUUUGGUGUUUUGACUAUUAUGUGAUGGGAGAAAUUUCUCUUCUGGUCCAAUCUAUUUGUAGUUCUGUAGGCUUCUUGUAUGUUUAUGGGCAUCUCUUUCUUUAGGUUAGGGAAGUUUUCUUGUAUAAUUUUGUUGAAUAUAUUUACUGGCCCUUUAAGUUGGGAGUCUUCACUUUCUUCUAUACCUAUUAUCCUUAGGUUUGAUCUUCUCGUUGUGUCCUAGAUUUCCUGUAUGUUUUGGGCUAGAAGCCUUUUGUGUUUUCCAUUAUCUUUGACAGUUGUGUUGAUGUUUUCUAUGGUAUCUUUUGUCCCUGAGAUUCUCUCUUCUAUCUCUUGCAUUCUGUUGGUGAUGCUUGUAUCUACAGCUCCUUGUCUCUUCCUUACGUUUUCUAUAUCCAGGGUCAUCUCCCUUUGUGCUUUCUUUAUUUUUUCUAUUUCCAUUUUCAAUUCGUUCGCCUGUUUGGUUGUGUUUUCCUGUAAUUCUUUCAGGGAUUUUUGUGUUUCCUCUCUAAGGUCUUCUACUUGUUUACUUGUGUUUUCCUGCAUUUCUUUAAAGGAGUUCUUUAUGUCUUCCUUAAAGUCCUCCAUCAUUAUCAAAAAAUUGUGAUUUUAAAUCUAAAUCUUCCUUUUCUGGUGAAUUUGGAUAUCCAGUAUUUUCUUUGGUGGGAGAACUGGGCUCUGAUGAUGCCAAAUAGUCUUGGUUUCUGUUGCUUAGGUUCCUGCGCUUGCCUCUAGCCAUUGGGUUGACUCUGGUUUUUGCUUGUCUUGCUGUUUCUGAGAGUGACCAGACCCUGCUGUAGGCCUCUGCGUCAGCACUCCUGUAGAACCAUUUUCCUGUUUUCUUUCAGCCUUUCCUGAGAACAGGUGUGUUGGUGCUCCUGGAGACUGUCUUCCAACUCUAGGCAGGGGCAGGAAUCAAAGGUUCCUGCCCCUGAUUGUUCAUGUAAGUCCUUGGACCCAGCGGCCACAGUUGGCACUAUGCGGUUCUCUCUUGGGUCUGUACUGUGGGCAGAGGGUAGUCUCCUCUGACUUCUCAGGAGUAUCCACACUUCUGAGGGUCCAGCUCUCUCCCCCACGGGAUUUGGGUGCAGGGAGCUGUUUGGCGGGUUCAGUUCAUUCCUGGGCGCAGACCAGAACCUCAGAUACCAGUGACCGUCUGUUCCUAUAUCCCUGUGUCCAGAGGCAUUGUGCAAUUUCCCCUUGGACCAGGGAUGUGGGCAGAAGUGUACAGAGAUGGCAGUCUGUCCUGCAGUCUCAGGAUGUCUGCACCCCUGGGUGGUCAGCUCUCUUCCCCACCGGAUUUGGGUGCAGGGAACUGUGGCGAGACUUGAUUUUACUGUGUAGCCCUGACUGGCCUUGAACUCACUACUCACUACGGUUAGCAGGCUGCCUUCAGAAAGAUACACCUGCCUAUUCCUUCUGAAAGCUGGAAUUAACGAUGUGCACCUAUUCACCAGGCAAAAUGGCUAACAUUAUUCUCCUUGUGUUCCAAUAGACGAGACUGAGAAUAUUGCUUCCUUGCCCAAGAGAACAGAGAAAGAGAUCUCUUUGAGGACUUGGGUUCGGAUGGCAAUUGGGUAUACCUUACUGUAGAUAUGAAAGAGGGCUUAGGUGAGCCUUGGGGAUACCACCACCAUAGCUUGUUGCUCAGACCUUUGGAAUUUAACAGGUUCCUCUUGUUUCCAUGACACCUACCAAUGAAGAAGGGGUAAGUGGACAGUGUCCUGUGACUAGUUUUAUGCUCAUUUUAGUGAGCUCUGAGAUUGUAGUACCUUGAGACUCUGCUUGCUACCUGCCUAUUCUAUAUACUUGCCAGGGAAGAUGAUUACUGAAAAUAAGGUCCCUGAGUCCAGAACAGGGAUUAUAUGGAGAGGCCCUGUCUUAGAGUUUCUAUUGUUACAAUGAAACAGAAUGGUCAAAAUGCAAUUGGGGAAGAAAGGGUUUAUUUGACUUAUAGUUUCAUUUUGCUAUUCAAAGGAAGUCAAGACAGGAAUUCAAACAAGACAGGAACCUGGAGGCAGGAGCUGAUGCCGAGAUGGGGUGGUGCUGUUUACUGGCUCACUUUCCCUAGCUUGCUUGGCCUGCUUCCUUACAGAACCUAGGACUGCCAGUUCAGGGAUGGGACCACCCAGGUUUUGCUGGGCCUUCUCUCAUCAAUCCCUCCUUAAUGCCUUACAGCUGAAUCUUACAGAAGCAUCUUCUCAAUUGAGGUUCCUUUCUUUCAGAUAGCUCUAGUUUGUGUAUCAAGUUGACGUAAGACCAGCCAGCAUAGGUUUCCACUUACAGCAGCACUGUUUUAGAAUUCAGAGACAUUGAAGUUGCAGUAUUGAUCAUUAUUGAAAGUCUGGAACUGAGAUGGAUUGAUGAUGCUCAGAAAUCCUCAGGUAUGCAUGCUCUUUGGUGGAGUUAGACAGAGGACACUCAGUAGCUAAGCACCUGGACUUGAAUGCUAAAUAGAAAUACAGGUACAGUGAAGAAAGAGUAAAGUGUAUGGUGAGAGUGUGCAUACAUGGCCUCCAAGCCCAUGGGCCUUUGCAUCAUGGAGUGGUGCAAAUAGUCAUAUGUGUUGAGAUCAUCUACAGGAGCCCAUGUGAAUUAUUUGGUAGAAACAAGGGGCUUUCAAUGUUGUAAUAUAAGAAUAGAUGGGCUUCUUCUAUCCACCUGCCUGCUAUGUUAGGCUGGUAAACACAGUGGUCAAAGAAACCUUGAGGAGAGAUUGGAUUUCAGUAGCUUCAGAGUUUAAUUACCUCUGAGGAAGUAAGCUAAGUGGGAAUGACUGUCUUGAAGAUGGCUGGAGUGCCACAGAAGGAGGUUUCAUGUGAACUCAGAUAUCUUCAUCGUGGCAGGGCCGUGUGGAAUUUAAGGACGUGGUUAUCUACUUCUCGGAAGAAGAAUGGACACUUCUUGAUGAUUCUCAGAGACUCCUGUACCACAGUGUGAUGAUGGAGACCUUUGUCCUCAUGACCUCAUUGGGACUCAUACCUGCUGGGGUCCGUGACAUCACUCAGCUGGAGUCUUCAGGGGAUCUCUUCACCCCUACACUGAGAUUCAAGGCUCCAGGAUUUUGGAACAGAGAGGGUGAGAUGUCAUCCAUUCAGUGCAGCACUUCUCCCGAGGAAGGGGUUGGUGUAACUGUGCUUGAAUGGCAGAAGCAGAGAUGUGCUAAGAAACCCCUGCAAAGGAAACAGGUCAGGAUUCCAGCUAUGAAGACUGGCGACCCUCCAGAGAAAACAUCACAAAGCACAGACCGUGUGAUGGAUUCCCAGGACUCCUCAAGACUUCCUGGGUCUCAGGUGACGCCCAAUGCUGGACAGCAACACAGAAACUCUGAGAACGCUGAGUCCAUUCAGUCUAAGAAUGGAGAUCACAAAUGCAGUGACUGUGGCAAAACUUUUAGCCACAAGUUCCAGCUUAUCCGACACCAGAAAAUACACAGUGGAGAAAGGCCUUUUAAGUGCAGUGAAUGUGGGAGAUCCUUCCAGCAAAAUGCCCAUCUCGUUGUGCACUUGAGAAUUCACACUGGAGAAAAGCGUUUUAAAUGCAGUGAAUGUGGGAAAGCUUUCAAUUAUAAAAGCUCUCUCAUUCACCAUCUGAAUGCCCACAACGGAGAAAUGCCUUAUAAGUGUAGCCAGUGUGGGAAAUUGUACAGGAACAAGUCCAGCUUGGUAUGUCAUUAUCGAGUCCAUACUGGGGAAAAGCCCUUUGAGUGCUCUGAAUGUGGAGAAUCAUAUAGGAACAGAGAUAGCCUCGCCAGUCACUAUCGAUUUCAUACUGGUGAAAAGCCCUAUACAUGCUUUAAAUGUGGGAAAUCAUUUAAGGAGAAAUCCAGCCUUUUUUAUCAUGGCCGAGUGCAUAAUGGGGAAAAGCCUUUCAAGUGUAGCGAAUGUGGAAAGUGUUUUGUCCAAAAGUCUCACCUCGUGAAACACCAAAACGUCCACAGCAAGCCUUUCAUGUGCAGUGAGUGUGGGAGUGUCUUCACUUCAGGUUACAGCCUCAUUAGACAUAAGAGAGUUCACGACACGAGAAAGCAAUACGAGUGCAAGGACUGUGACAAAGUGUAUUGCAAUAGCUCUGGCCUCUAUAAACACCGCAAGGUUCACAACAGACAGAUGGCCACCAAGAGCAAAAAAAGUGCCCAAAGUCCCUCAGUCAUCUAAUUCAAACACCUAAAAACUCAGUGGAAAAGAAAAAACAUAAACAAUUCAAAUGUGGAGGAUGUUCUCCCAGACCCACACAUGGCGGGAUCCUCAUCAGAGAAGCUUCUUGCUGGUAAUUAAUUCAGAGAGCCACAACUGGACAGUGUGCAGGGAGAGAGAGACUUUGUAGCACUCAGCCCUAAAUAUGAUGUCUUCUUCAAACCAUCCCCUCAAGGCUCAGCGAUCUCUGGAGGAGAGAAGGCAGAAGGAUUGUAUGAGCCAGAGGUAUUGGAUGACUCCCAGGAAAGCGUAACGUCUGUUUAGACACAUCAGGACUGGCACAUCAGGAAGUCACAGACUGGCAGCACAGACAAGACACGUUCAAACCAGACAAAAUCCCCCUUCUAGCCAAGAAGUAAUUGAUUAACCAAGUUUUCUCCAGUGAACUGUCACUGUGUCAUAUGUGUCAUGUAUAUGAGCCACACUCUAGAAGAGGCCCUGUGCCCGGGAGUAGCUGACCAGCGGAUUGUUUCUGUUGUUAUUGCUGUUGUUUAGUUUUAGUAUUUUGUGUUUCAGAGAAACCAUAAAGUUGAGUGGGUAGGGAGGUAAGAAGUCUGGGCAGAGUUGGGGUGGGGGAGAAUAUAAUCAAACUACACUGUAUGAAAAAAUUUAAAUAAAGAUACAUUAUUUGCAUA